AUGCAAUUUGUCACUUGUCUGUGGAUUUUACCUAUCACUUUUCUCCGUUUCCACGUGUUGAAGUUGUGUUUCUUCAUCUAUUUGAUAUCCUGGGUGAAAUCAGAUGAUGAGAAAAUAUGUCCUGAAUUCACAGAUCUUAAUAUAGGCAAUGCUCUAUCUGGAACAGAACUCCAUGUCCAGUUACUGCUGUACACAAGGGAAAACCCAAAUUGUUCUGAGAGGCUCAUUGAACACAAUGUUGCUGCAUCUGAGUACCUUAAUACCUCCAAGAAAACUGUCUUUGUUAUUCAUGGCUUCAGACCAACAGGAUCUCCACCAGCAUGGCUAGGUGAUAUGAAGGAGCUUUUACUGUCUUCAGAGGAUAUUAAUCUUAUUAUAGUUGAUUGGAAUCGUGGUGCUACAACUGUGAACUACGUAUCUGCUGUUGCCAACUGCAGAAAAGUUGCAGAAAUACUGAAGAACUAUGUUGACCAGAUGCUGGUGGAUGGAGCUUCUCUUUACUCUAUGUAUAUGAUUGGAGUUAGUCUUGGGGCUCAUAUAGCUGGUUUUGUUGGCCAGAAGUAUAAUGGCAAGCUUGGCAGGAUUACAGGUCUUGAUCCAGCAGGCCCUUUGUUCACUCAAGAACCACCAGAAGGGAGACUGGACCGAACUGAUGCACAGUUUGUUGAUGUAAUACAUUCAGAUACUGAUGCACUAGGUUUCAAGAAACCUUUAGGAACCAUUGAUUUCUAUCCAAAUGGAGGAACGGAUCAGCCUGGUUGUCCAAAAACACUAUUCAGCGGACUUCAGUAUUUUAAGUGUGACCAUCAAAGAUCCGUCUUUCUCUUCUUAUCAUCUUUGAAAAGAAGAUGUGACAUAAUAACAUAUCCUUGUGACUCUUACUUUGAUUACAAGAGAGGAAAAUGUGUCGAUUGUGAAGCUUUCCACCCAAUGUCCUGUCCAGUACUGGGUUAUUAUGCUGAUAGAUGGAAAAAAAUGUUAAUCCCAAACAGUUCACCAACGAAAGCUUAUUUUGAUACCACGGACCAAGACCCAUUCUGCAUGUAUAACUACUUACUGGAUAUUACUACCUGGAAUAAAAACAUUAGAAGAGGUUUCAUUAAAGUUAAAUUAACUGACUAUGCUGGAAACACAGUAGAAUCAGAGAUGAAUAGUGAAGCUUCAACAUUUCAGCAAUAUAGAAGAGUCAAAAUACUAACUGGAUUUUACCAAGACCUUGACAAAAUAUCAAAAAUGUCCUUGACCUUUUCUACAAAGACUGUAAUAGGACCAAAACACAAGCUUAGGGUUCUCCAGAUGAGGCUGAAGUCUCUCAAUAAUCCAGAAAGGCUGAAGCUGUGCAGAUAUGAUUUUGUACUGAUGGAGAACACUGAACUGACCUUCAAACCUAUCCCUUGCCUAGAGAAGGCUACAUGA